AAUUCAGUCGCUUUUUCGCCGCGAGUCAGUGACGACGACGACCCACCAACACGGAGAGAAUAAAAUAUUAUUAUAACGCACACCGUCGCAACACUCAUCUGUCCGCCGCGGUCUAUACACACACACGUAUGCGCACGUCUGCGACGACGUGAACGUGUGUCUUAUGCGUACCCAUCGUAAUAAUAAUACAAUAAAACCGUACGAUAAUAAUUCGUACACGUAAUAUUAUUGUGGGCAUAUUAUUUUUGGGUAAAAUACGCGCGUCUCUGCGCGCACUUGUCAGGCAGACGCCGCGAUCGCAGUCCGACGGGCCUUCUAAAUGGACGUGCUCAGACACGAGAAGUAUCUGGCACUGUUGAUACUAAUUAUAUCAUUUAACAUCUCCGUAUCAUCGAGCAGACAGCAUCACCUCCGACAUGGUCGACACAAAAGACAACAAUGGAACAAUACGUUUAGCAGCUCGGGAUUCGUACCAGAAUAUCAUGUUUAUCUGGACGGCAGUACCUCGGAGAGUGGUGAAUGGAGUCCGUGGUCCGACGAUAGCCAAUGUUCCCGUAGUUGUGGCGGAGGAGUCGCGUUUCAGACCAGGAGAUGUCUGACAUCCAGACAAGACGGUUCCGAAGAUUGUACAGGAUCAUCGAAAAGAUAUUAUUCAUGUAACAUUCAAGAAUGUCCUAGAAAAAGUCUGGAUUUCCGACUGGAACAAUGCGGUGCAUUUAACCGUGUACCGUUUGAAGGAUUGACAUACGAAUGGGUACCCUACACCAAAGCUCCAAACAAAUGUGAACUGAAUUGUAUGCCGAAAGGGGAACGAUUUUAUUACAGACAUAGAAAUAAAGUAAUCGACGGUACACCGUGUGAUGAAGAAAAAUUAGACGUUUGCGUCGAUGGAAAAUGUUUGUCAGUAGGAUGUGAUAAUCUAUUGGGUUCGCCGGUAAGAGAAGAUCGUUGUCGUAACUGUGGAGGAGAUGGUUCCAACUGCAAUACCGUUCAAGGUAUUUUGGAUAUGAACGAUUUACAAUACGGGUAUACGGAUAUACUUCUGAUUCCGGCAGGUGCUACUAACAUAAGAGUAAGGGAAAUUCAGCCGUCCAAUAAUUAUUUAGCAAUUAGAAACGUUUCUGGACACUAUUACCUAAACGGUAAUUGGAAGAUAGAUUAUCCUAGAAGCCUGAAAAUCUGCAAUUCCGUUUUCCAUUACGAGAGGAAAAAGCGAGCACUUUACACACCCGAAAUAAUUACAGCUUUAGGACCAAUUUCAGAAGCCAUUUAUAUAGUUUUACUGUAUCAAGAAGUUAACCCUGGAAUCGAGUACGAGUACAGUAUUCCAACUAGUGCCGCAAAACUAACAUUAUCCAGAGGAUACAAUUGGAUGUAUAAUGAGUUCACUGAAUGCAACACAACUUGCGGUGGAGGUACAAGAACUCGAGACGUUUGGUGUGCUCAAAAGAAUGACUCCAUGCCUGUACCUGCAGAACUUUGUGAUCCAGGUUUGGAACCAUUAAAAUCACAAUCGUGUUCGAUGGAACCUUGUCCACCUAAAUGGGCGCCAGCUAAUUGGACAUUAUGUACACACAAAUGUGGAACAAACGGAACACAGACUAGAGAAGUUGGAUGUGUGCGACGAAUCAAUGGUAUUGAUGUUCCCGUAGAUAGUAACUACUGUAACCAGUACGACGGAGCAAAGCCGGCAACUGUACAACCAUGCAAUAUAGGGCUAGAAUGCCCACUAUGGCACACUGAUCCUUGGAAACCUUGUAAUCAACUGUGUGGAGCUGGUAAACAAACUAGAAAAGUUAGUUGCUACAGAAAAGUUGAUAAGAAAAUUAUUGUCUUAAAUGAUGACGAAUGUGAGACUAAAAAGCCAGACACAGAAAAAGCAUGUCAUUUGCGUCCAUGUGAGGGCGUUGAUUGGGUGACGUCUGCGUGGUCAGGAUGCGGUGAUUGUAAUUUGGAUUUCGAAACUAGACAAGUGAUUUGUGCAAAUUCUAAAGGAAAAUUAUAUGAUAGCCAAUUUUGUAAGAAAUCAAAAUACCCAGAGACUGUACGAAAUUGCACACCAUCAGAUGCAUGCGAGUAUCAGUGGUAUGCCACUCAAUGGAGUGAGUGUUCAUCAAAAUGCAGCACUGGAAAACAAAUCAGAAAAGUUUUUUGCGGAUCUUUAGUCGGUGAAUCGAUUAAAAAAGUCGAUAGUGUAAAAUGCGAUCCAACCAAAAAAUACGAAGAUACUAAAAAUUGUACUGGUAAAGAAACAUGCAAAGGAGAAUGGUUUUCAGGCCCUUGGACGGCGUGUUCAAAACCUUGUGGUUCUGGAGAAAAAAGCAGGAAGGUAUUUUGUAUGGUUGGAAACUCUACUGUGGAUGCUAGUCAGUGUAAACCCGAAACACUUUUAUACUCUAGCGAUGAGUGUAAUAAACAGCCUUGUGGUGAAGAUCAAAUUAUGCCUGUUGAGUCUAAGAAACCAAUUACGGAAGAAGAUACGCUCGAAGAAGAAGAAUGCGAAGAUGAAAUGAUAACGGUUACUCCAUUUGCAAGUGAACCAGAUUAUGAAGCUACAACAUCGCCCUACACACAAUCAUCUGAUGAUAAUAUGAUUAGUGCGGAUUUAAAUAAUACAACGAAACCCCAAGAAUCUGAUGAAAUGACUACAGAUUCGAUGAAUACUGAAAAGGAAAGCACUAUUACACCUUUGGAAAUAAAAGUAACAUCUACACAAAAAAAAACGAAUUCCACUACUACUACUACUUCUCCAAUCAAACGGAAAAAGAGACAAGCCAUCUUAGAUUCUCAAAUCAAAUUUUCUAAUGCUAAACCUACUAAUGUCCCUAGCCUUGACUUAUCGAGUACAUUUGAGUCCUCUACUAUUAUUUCAACAACGGAUAUGUCGACUACUGAUAUAUCAACCACAGAUAUUUCAACAACGGAUUAUACAACUGUUGACACGCCAACAACUAUUGAUAUUUCUUCGACGACUGACAUUAAUACAUCAGUUUCUUCAGCGUCGCAGUCCACAUCACCAGAACCAACAACAAUUACAUCUCAGACUGAAACACUUCAAACUGAAACAAUGACGAGUAAUGAAAAUAUAUCAACUUCGAUAGAUAUUUCAUCAUCUACAGCUGAUUAUAGUACAGAAAAAAGUGAUAAAACUACUCCUAUGGAGUUAACAACUGUGUCAAUGUCUUCCCCUGAUACAGAAAGUACUGUUGUAUCUGAUUCAAUAACUGAAUCAAGUACGGAUGCAAUGUCCACUACAGAUAUUUCAUCAACCAUUAAUUUAUCAUCAAGCACUGAACCAUCUACGUCACUUUCAUCAUUAGAAACAAUCGCAUCAUCAACUGAGAUGUCAGUUAGUACUUCUGACUAUACCAGCGAAACAUCUGAAGUUAUGACAACAUUUACUUCAGUGACUAAUUCAACUAAAAAAACUACCAAGAUGGAGAAUCCAUUAAUUGAGGCUUCUAAGAAGGGCAAACGUAUUUGUAAGAAAAAAAAGAAAUUAGUCGAUUGCCAAACAUCAGAAUUUGGAUGCUGCUUUGAUGAAAUAACGCCCGCUAAAGGACCAUUUAGUGCUGGUUGUCCGGAUGUACAUACCUGCAAAGAUACAGAACAUAAUUGUUGUUCGGAUGGCGUGACUCCUGCAACUGGUCCUAAGAACGAAGGAUGUCCUCCUUCAAUGUGCAACGCUACCUUGUAUGGCUGCUGUUCAGAUGGCUUUAGUAUUUCACUUGGAAAUGAUUUUGAAGGAUGUCCUGUUGAGUUGCCUGUAUUGACAACGACAUUGGCACCAGAUCUCGGAUGCAAGAAUACACAAUUUGGUUGUUGUCCAGAUGGAAAUUCUCCUGCUUCAGGACCAAGUUUCCAAGGAUGUUACAGUUGCGUUGAAGGAUCAGGAGAAUGUGAUUCGUGUUUGGAAACGGCAUAUGGUUGUUGUGCAGAUAAUGUCACCGCAGCUACAGGGCCAAAUAUGGCUGGUUGCCAAGAUAAUUUGACGACUGAUGAUUUCAUUUUCAUAACAUCUACUUCAGAACAACCAUCUGACUCGUGUCAAUUAUCAGAAUUUGGAUGCUGUCCUGAUGGAGUAUCAUCAGCCUCUGGAUUCAACCUUGAAGGAUGUAUAGGAGUUGACUUUGAUAAUUGCACUUUGAAUGAAAAUGAAACAGAAUGUUUAUCCGCAUGUGCUAAAGAACAAUUUGGAUGUUGUGAUGAUAAUAUUACUGCUGCACAUGGACCAAAUAAAGAAGGCUGUUGUCUAAGUUCCCAAUACGGUUGUUGUCCAGACAAUAUAGUACCAGCCAAUGGACCUAGUUUACAAGGUUGUGGAUGUAUUUACACGCCAUUUGGAUGUUGUCCAGACAAUACUACAACUGCUAGAGGUCCAAAUAACGCUGGCUGUAGUUGCCAAUACACCGAACAUAAAUGUUGUCCAGACAAUUUCACACCAGCUUCAGGGCCUCAGUACGAAGGUUGUGCGUGUCAUACAUACCAGUUUGGUUGCUGUCCCGAUGGUAUUACUAAAGCGCUUGGUCCAAACUCGCAAGGGUGUGGUUGUGAAUACACUCAAUAUGGAUGUUGUGGUGAUAAAAAUACACCAGCUCUAGAUGAGACUAAAAAUUGUAGUUGUGAGGCAUCUAAAUAUGGAUGUUGUUUAGAUGGUAUAGCCGAGUCUAAAGGAGAAAAUUUCGAAGGAUGUCAAUCUAAACCCAUUCUACCUGGAGAUAGAUGCAAAGAGCCCAAAGAUCGAGGUAGCUGUUCAGAUUUCACUGUUAAAUGGUUCUUUGAUACUGAGUAUGGUGGUUGUUCAAGAUUUUGGUAUGGAGGAUGUAAUGGAAAUAAUAAUCGUUUCAAAACACAAGAAGAAUGUAAAGAUAUAUGUGUUGAGCCAUCUGGUCGAGAUGUAUGUUACUUGCCAAAAAGCGUGGGUCCGUGUGAAGGAUAUUACCCUACUUGGUACUACGACCAAGAACGAAAACAAUGUGCACAAUUUGUUUAUGGUGGAUGUCUUGGUAAUAAUAAUAAAUUCCAAUCACGAGAAGAAUGUGAACACCUUUGUGUGGUUCCUGAUACUUUGGAUCCUUGUGAACAACCACUUACACCUGGACCUUGUAAAGGUAACUACUCACGUUGGUACUAUGACAAAUCAACACGUACCUGUUCAUCAUUUAACUAUGGUGGCUGUAAAGGAAAUCAAAAUAAUUUCUUGAAUAAAGAAUCAUGCAAUCAUAAAUGUAUAAACCCACUCAAAAUCCAAGAAGAACUAGACGAAGAUGUUUGCAAACUACCAAAGGACUCCGGUCCAUGUGAGGGUACUAAAGUCUAUUGGUAUUAUAACCAUGAAAAAAUGAAAUGUAGGAAAUUCGAGUAUGGAGGUUGUGAAGGAAACAAAAAUAGGUUUCAUUCACAAUCAGAAUGUAUAGCGAAAUGUUAUUCAGAGUUAUUAAUUAAAGAACUUGAUACAUGUAAAUUACCCGCUCUUGUUGGUGAAUGUCAUGACUACGUAAAUCGUUGGUACUUUAACUCUUUGGAUGGUCGUUGUAAGCAAUUUUACUAUGGUGGUUGUGGUGGAAAUGAAAAUAAUUUCGAAUCACAAUAUAGUUGUGAAAAUAAAUGUAUCGACUCUGGUCGUAUUACAACUUUAGCACCUCCUCAAUUUUCAAAAGACAAAUGCUUCUUGUCCCAAGACCGCGGUAACUGUAGCAAUAUGUCUUCUAAAUAUUUCUAUGACAGACAAGAUGGCGUUUGCAAACAAUUCAUGUACGGUGGCUGCGGAGGUAAUGACAACCGCUUUGAUUCUAAACAAGAAUGUGAACGACAGUGUUUCGACGCACAAGAUCUAUGUCAAUUGCCAAGAGUAGAAGGACCGUGUAGAGGAGAUUUCAGACAAUGGUAUUACGAUAAAAAUAGUGAUAGAUGUUUCCAAUUCCGAUAUGGUGGAUGUCAAGGAAAUUCUAAUCGUUUUAAUGACCGACAAUCUUGUGAAUCCCGUUGUGUACAAAAUGUUGUAACAACAGUUGCUUCACCAAUAAUAGCUCAAACACGACCAAGCGACGUUUGUCUAAUUCCACUCGACCCCGGUCCUUGUCUUCAAACUAUUGAUAUGUGGUACUUCAAAACAUCCACAAGACGAUGUGAAUCUUUUGCUUAUAGUGGCUGUGAAGGAAAUGCUAAUAAAUUCCAAUCGGUUGAAGAAUGCGAACGAAUCUGCUAUCCAUAUAUUGAUCCAAAUGCAAAUAAAAUUGAACAAGAAUCACGAACUACAAAACCAGAAGAACCACAAAUAUCCACAGACAUUUGUGAAGCAGGGAAAUUACGUUGUAAACAGUUAUCCGAAGAAGCAACAAGAUGUCCGUACGGACUUGAACAUUGGGUUAAUGCUGUUGGUUGUGAAGACUGCCGAUGUUAUAAUCCUUGCUUGCCAGGACCAGAUCAGAAAUCGGUUUGCCCUGCAGAUUAUCAAUGUAUAGUGGACGUCAUUACGUCAGACAACGGAGACUCGAAAUACAAGGCCACGUGUAGACCAGUUUUCAAGCCAGGAGAAUGUCCUCAGCUUGCCGUUUACCAGAGCGACUGCGCUGAACAGUGUAGAACAGAUGCGGAUUGUGUCGGAGACGACAAGUGUUGUUAUAACGGUUGUGGUACUUUCUGUUUGCGUCCACAACAGUCCACCACAACGACGACUGCAUCUACGACCACUGCGAUUAUGCAAGAAAAAGAAUCACCUCCGCAAAUCGUCACAGCUGAUUCCAACGUAGAGGCCGAUGAAGGCAACUACGCCACUCUCAGAUGCAUAGUUAUCGGUAAUCCUACACCGACAAUUGUUUGGCAGAAGAACACCACACUGAUCGACGGAUCGGGUGGUCAUUACAAACUGUUUGCCGAUGGUACGUUACAGAUCGUCGGACUAUAUAAAUACGAUUCAGGAGUGUAUAUUUGUAUGGCUAGCAACGGUAUUGGCGAACCAAUCAGAAGAGAGGUCUACUUAACGGUCAAAGACCCGAUCCCACGACCCGCAAACGUUAUCGGCGAGGAGAGCACUGCCGUGAUCGUCGCGCUCAACAACCCCACUGUGCUGCAGUGUUACGCAGUCGGCUGGCCGCGGCCUAUCGUCACUUGGUGGCGGGCCGACCGGAUGUUGCCUAUGACGUCCGAGACGUUCGAACAGCGCAACGACCAUUCGUUGUACAUCCGGAUGGUAACGAUCAACGUGCUCGGCCCGUACACGUGUCAGGUGUACAACGGAAUCGGUCGGGCGUCUUCGUGGAGCGUCACGCUCCAGGCGCACGGCACUUCCGCCGACUAUCCGUACAACCCGUACCUGGUGCCACCGCCCAGGCACCCGGGUACCGGUGACGUGAUCCGACUCAAGCCGAUCGUCGUCAGGCUCACCAGGCCACCACCCAUCUACAGAACAGUCACCCCACAACACACCGACGUCGAGACCACACAGCCGUCACAGCAAAAGGUCUUCACUGUCCCCGUACGAGUUAACAUAUCUUUACCAGCCACAACCAUCGCCGUCGGUUCUGACCUAACGAUUCCUUGUUCGGUGGACGGUUAUCCGAUACCCACUGUGACCUGGUACAAAGACGGGCAAAUACUAAGGAACAAUGAACGGACUCAGGUGACCGAAAACAAGUUGGUCGUCAUCCGUACGAAUGCUUCGGAUUCGGGUUCUUAUAAAUGUGAAGCGUACAACUCGUACAGCUCCGAUGAGAAAACCGUAAACAUUACAAUAGAAGGCAUGUAUAUUCCUCCGAACUGUACAGACAGUCGGUUUUUCGCCAAUUGUUCUUUGAUCGUGAAGGGAUCCUACUGUAAUCAUCCGUACUACAAGAAGUUCUGCUGCGAGUCAUGCACACGGGCCGGUCUGCUACCGACCAAUGACUAUCAAAACAACUUUUCAUACAUCAGCAGUUCAAUCAGACGGUUCAGAAGAGAUCUAGUCAACAAACUUCAGAGUUUGAACUUAUUCUGAGCGAAGCGCAACGGCUGAUCGCGUUGCAUUUUAGUCAUAAAUACAAAAUUUUAAAUAUUAUUAUACAUCAUAAGAGAAAAAAAGAAUAAUACAAUUUUAGAUAAUAUUACUAUACUUUAUAAUAUAUUAUUAUUAUUUGUUCGUGUCACAUAAUAAUUUUACUAUUAUUAUCAUCAUCUUAUUAUUAUUAUUAUAAAUAUCAUCAUUAUUAUACUAUUACUAUUAUUAUUAUUAUUAUUAUUAUUAUAAAUAUUAUAAUUAUUACAAACCGGAAUUUUAUUCGUUUCAAACGGCAAAUUCCUCCAAAGGUAACGUCGUAGGUAAUCAAAUAAUUUUCAAAAUUAUGCACAGUCAUUCCACGUAAUGUUUUAUUAUAUAAUUAUGAUACAUCAUAUAUAUUAUAGUUUAAACAUAUUACAAUUUUUUUUUUUGUUUAACCAGUACCUAAUAAUCAGUUAUAUAUAUAUAUUUAAUCAGUUCCUAAUAAUAGUCAUACAUACUCGAUGUUAGGAAGAGUAGUUAAAUAUUAUUUUAUGUACUUUAGAUAGUUGGAAUGAUUAAUUUAUUAUAUUAUACCUUCCUAUAAUAAAGUAUAUAUAUUAUGUUCACUUAAAUGUAUAACAUUUCCUUUUCGAUACUGUAUUGAAUAUUAUUUAUCUAUAUGUUGGUUAUA